GUAAGAAAACCUCUCUUUGAAUCCAAGUUUCCCUCACAGCUGUAUUUGAUUCCUUUAACAUUCACGGUUCUACAUUUCCUCUUUACUCAUCAUUCAAACUGAGUUUGCUUUCGUGGGUGGUUGCCAAAUCUUGGAUUUAUACUCACACUAGUAUUGUUUAAAGAUAAUCAAACCAACCUAUUUUUAUAGAUUGCAGUAUCUAAAGCCUACAGCUUUGAGUUCUACUAGUUUCAUUUCCUUGUUAAAGCUUAUAUUUCCAAGCUACAAGAUUCUUUUUUUUUUCUUUUUAUCUACUUCACUCUCUUUCACCCCUUUUGCUAUUUCUUGGGUUUUUCCAUUUCUUUGUUGUGUCCUGAGUGCUGGGUUAAUGAGUUCUUUUGGUGGGUCUUCUAUGUUGUUCUGAACGAAAGGCAGUGAUAAUUAGAGAGUGUGUGGAGAUUUCUUGCUAAGAAAAUGAAAUCACAUACUUCAUUGCAACUUCUUUUUGUGGUUUAUCUAGUUCUUUUUGUGACCUGUGAGUCAUUUCCCAAAGAUGAAGUUUGGGCACUAAAAAGGUUCAAAGAAGCUAUAUAUGAAGACCCACUUCUGGUUUUGUCCAAUUGGAACGCUAUAGAUGCGGAUCCUUGUGACUGGUCUGGCAUUUCUUGCUCUUCUGCUGGAGACCAUGUUGUAAAGAUAAACAUAACUAAUUCAUCUAUCAGGGGAUUUCUUCCCCCAGAAUUGGGUCGGAUCACACACUUGCAAGAACUAAUCUUGCAUGGUAAUAAGCUGAUCGGGUCAAUCCCAAAAGAACUGGGCAUGUUGAAGUACCUCAAGGUUUUGGAUUUGGGAGUGAAUCAACUAAGGGGUCCUAUUCCUCCAGAAAUAGCUAAUCUAAACAGUGUUAUGAGAAUAAACCUUCAGUCCAAUGGGUUAACAGGGCAUUUGCCCCCUGAACUUGGCAAUUUGAAGUCCCUUGAGGAACUUCUUCUGGAUAGGAAUAGACUUCAAGGAACUGUUCCUGCAGGUGGCAAUUCAGAUUUCCCAUCUAACGUGCAUGGCAUGUAUGCAUCAAGCACGAACUCAACUGGCUUGUGUCAGGCAUCUCAACUGAAAGUGGUAGAUUUAUCAUACAACUUUUUUGUUGGAAAUAUACCUAAGUGCUUGAAGUAUCUUCCAAGCACAAGCUUUCAAGGGAACUGCCUCCAAAAUAAAGAUCCUAAACAGCGUUCAGCUGCACAAUGUGGUGGUGCACUACCUACCAAAACCAAUCAAGCAUUCAACCCUAAUCACCGGCCUGCUGAAGAUGUAUCCAAACAGCAUCAGGAGGCAUCAAAACCUGCCUGGCUUUUGGCUCUGGAAAUUGUAACAGGAACCAUGGUGGGGUCACUUUUUCUUGUUGCUGUUCUAAGUGCUUUUCAGAGAUGCAAUAGCAAAUCUUCUAUCAUAAUCCCUUGGAAGAAAUCAGCAAGUCAGAAUGACUACACAGCAGUAUAUACAGAUACUGAACUGUUGAAAGAUGUAGUGAGAUUCAGUAGACAAGACCUUGAAGUUGCCUGUGAAGACUUCAGCAACAUUAUUGGCUCUUCUCCAGACAGUCUGGUCUACAAGGGCACCAUGAAAGGUGGGCCUGAGAUUGCUGUUAUAUCCCUCUGCAUUAAAGAAGAACACUGGACGGGCUAUCUUGAGCUCUAUUUCCAGAAAGAGGUGGCAGAUUUGGCAAGAUUAAAUCAUGAAAAUAUGGGAAAAUUACUGGGCUAUUGUAGAGAGAGCACUCCAUUUACACGGAUGCUGGUUUUUGAAUAUGCAUCAAAUGGAACAUUGUAUGAGCACCUACAUUAUGGAGAAGGAUGCCAGUUAUCUUGGACACGACGAAUGAAAAUUGUAAUAGGCAUUGCUCGUGGUCUCAAAUAUCUUCACACAGAACUUGACGUGCCAUUUACCAUAUCAGAGCUAAAUUCUAGUGCUGUAUAUCUCACAGAAGAUUUUUCUCCCAAGCUGGUUGAUUUUGAAAGUUGGAACAGUAUUCUUUCAAGAUCAGAAAAGAACUCGGGCUCCAUAGGCAGCCAAGGUGCUAUCUGUGUACUUACAAAUUCUCUGGAGGGGCGCCAUCUUGAUGUCCAAGGCAAUGUAUAUGCUUUUGGUGUGCUUUUACUGGAAAUAAUCAGCGGGAGACCUCCUUACUGUGAGGACAAAGGACGCUUGGUAGAUUGGGUAAGGAUUCUUUUCCAAGUUCAAACAUUUGCCAAAAUUUUCUGCACAAAUAUCUUGAUUAUGUUAUUGCAUAACUUGUCUACUCUGCAGGCCAAAGAGUUCCUUGAAAUGCCAGAAGUAAUGUCUUAUGUGGUGGAUCCUGAGUUAAAACAUUUCACAUAUGAUGACCUCAAAGUUAUAUGUGAAGUGGUAAGCCUGUGCAUCCAUCCAGAACCCGCAAAGCGACCAUCGAUGCAAGAAAUAAGCAGCACGUUGGAGAGCAAAAUUGACACAUCUGUGUCCCUGGAGUUCAAGGCAUCUUCCUUAGCAUGGGCAGAGCUUGCACUGUCAUCGUGACUGAGUUGAUGGCAUGAAGCUAACACACUGUACAUCAGCUAUAUACACCUGUAAUACUCAAUUUUCUUUCAUAGCCCUUGUAAAUGUUGGCGUGGUAAAAGAAACUACGAGUUUCUCGCGUGACAAAGUCAGCUGCCUUUGUAUACUAUUGAAUGAUGAGUAAAGUUAUUAAUCACCAAAUAUUUGAUUUU